GAAGAACAGCACAGCUGACAGCCGUGCUCAGAAAGUUUCUGGAUCCCAGGAUCAUCUCCACAGAAAGAACACGCAGGCAGCACAGACCAUGGGGCCCCUCUCAGCGCCUCCCUGCACACUGCACAUCACCUGGAAGGAGCUCCUGCUCACAGCAUCACUUUUAAUCUUCUGGAACCCGCCCACCACUGCCCAAGUCAUGAUUGAAACUCAACCAACCAAAGUUUCUGAGGGGAAGGAUGUUCUUCUACUUGUCCACAAUUUGCCCCCAAAUCCUGCUGCCUACGUCUGGUACAAAGGGCAAAUAAUGGACUUCAACCAAUUCAUUAUAGCAUAUACAACAUACCCUGAUAGAAUUCUAUUUGGGCCUGCAAGCAGUGGACGAGAAACACUAUAUUCCAAUGGAUCCCUGGGGAUCCAGAAUGUCACCAAGCAGGACACAGGAUCCUACACCAUAAGAGUCAUGAAGCGAAUGGAUGGUACUAAAGGAGUAACUGGACAUUUCACCUUAUACCUGGAGACUCCCAAGCCCUCCAUCACCAGCAGCAACUUAAACCCCAGGGAGGCCACGGAAAUUGUGAUCUUAUCCUGUGAUCCUGACACUCAGAAUGUAAGCUACCAGUGGUGGAUAAAUGGUCAGAGGCUCCCUAUCAAUCGCCCGUGGCAGCUGUCUGAAAACAACAGGAUCCUCACUCUAUCUGGUGUCACGAAAGAUAUUGCAGGACCCUAUGAAUGCGAAAUGAAGAACCCAGUGAGUUCCAGCCGCAGUGACCCAGUCACCCUGAAUCUCAUCUCGGAGCUGCCCAAGCUUUACAUCACCAGCAACAACUUCAACCCCAUGGAGAAUAAGAAUGUUGUAGCCUUAAUUGAACCUAAGACUCAGGGCUACUCCUACUUGUGGACGGUAAAUGGUCAGAGCCUCCCAGUCAGUCCCAGGCUAAAGCGAUCUGGUAGAAACAGGAUCCUCAGUCUACACUAUGUCACGAGAAAUGACACAGGACCCUAUGAAUGUGAAAUAUGGGAUCAAGUUGGUAGCAUCUGCAGUGACUCAAUCACCCUGGAUGUCCUUUAUGGUCCACAAGUCCCCAGGAUUUUCUCUUCAUUGGCCUAUUACCGUUCAGGAAACACCCUCCAGUUGUCCUGCUUUGCGGACUCUAACCCACCGGCAGAAUAUUCUUGGAUGAUUAAUGGGAAGUUUCUGCAAUCAGGACAAGAGCUCUCUAUCCCCCGAAUUACUACAAAGCAUAGCGGGCUCUAUGUUUGCUCUGCUCGUAACUCAGCCACUGGCAGUGAACGUUCCACAUCCAAGAGGAUCAACGUUUUGGGCUUCACUGGUGACUGGCCCUGCCUGACUCCACCUGGGGUGAGACCAGCAUGUGUGGAGAAAGAGAACUGGUGGCCUGCCCUGAAUGUGGCUAAAUCGAGCUGCCAGGUGAACUCCUUCAACAAUAGGACGUCCAUCCGUGGGUUAAUUCGAUAUAGCAGCCAUGAUGUCAUGGCUGUAUUUCAGGAAGACUGCCAGUCCUUUCCUUUCACCAUCCCAUUUUUCUUGCUUGCAACCAUCUUCUCCUUCAAAUCCUUUCUCUUCGAUAAAGCUGAGGAGUCUGUGCCAGGGCUGGGUUGUGACAGAGCUUACUGGGACCAAGGAUUCACCAGCGGUCUGAGGACUGUGUCUCCUGGAGCUGCUCACCAGCCAGGGCUCAGCCCUCAGAGCCUCAUCUGGGCAAGGACAGAGCUUUCUUCACCUGAGACUCAGAGUGGAGAGGACAGAAAGACAAGCUUUGUAGGCCAUCAGUCAACUGCCUUGCGAGGCUUAGGACACUCCAUAGAAAGUCUCAUGUCCCCAGAAGCAGAAACAGAAGAGAGAAAAUGUACCUGGCAGCAGCUUGUCCACAGGGAUCUGACCUAA